AUGCUAUUCGUACUUACUUAUAUGUUGGUUUUCGGACCAGUAGUUGCAUUAGCACAAACAGCAUGUACUGCCAAUGGAAAAAGUGGAGUUUGCAUCCCAACAACAUCCUGUACUGGCAUCUCGCUCUCAGGUUUUUGCCCUGGUGCUGCCAACAUUCAAUGUUGCGUUGAUAGUGCUGGUUCAUCAGGUUCUUCUGCUGGACUUUGUGGAGGUUAUGCUGGUUCUACAGUUAGUUCUAUUGCUGGUAACAGUAAUGUCAUGUAUUCAGUAGUCAAAAUAAAACCAGAACAUCUUUCCAACCCGGCUAUUUAUUCAAAUUCACCAACAGCGUCCGAUAACACAAUGACAACUACAACAGCUUGUGCUUUCGAUAUGAUGGCUUCAGCUGCUAAACAAGCAGGUGUCACAAUCAAAAUUGCCUCUGGUUUUCGUACUGUUGCUCGUCAAGAAUACUUCUGGAAUUGUUAUCAAACAAAAGCAUGUAACAAUGGUAAUUUAGCUGCUCGACCAGGUACCUCAAAUCAUGGACGAGGAGCUGCUCUCGACUUGAACACCGAUUGUGGUUCACAAUCAGGUGCUACACCUAACUGUGGUGGAAGCAAAGUUUAUCAAUGGUUAAAAAAUAAUGGACAUAAAUAUGGAUUUAAACGUACAGUACAAUCUGAACCAUGGCACUGGGAAUAUGUUGGAAGUGCUACUACUCCAAGUAGUUUUACUUAA